CCCUUAUACUCUUCCUCAGGGAAGAUCCGAUAGCUCUUCGGGCCAGCCGGUUCGCACUUCUCUCUCUCUCUCUCUGUAUCCGCUGUGUGUUUCCUCAUGGCGCUCAGCUUCAGCUCGACAGACGGAUCGUUUCCCGGGACAUUUCCGCUCUUGUACUAAUAGAUGUUUGUUUCCUCUCGCCAUGAUGUGGAUCUCCAGCGGUCUGGGUGCUCUCGGGAGGCUUCGUGAAUCAGCGGCCGGAGGGCAGACGAAGCAGCUGGGAUAACUAACUGUGUGCUAUGGUGCGACCUCCUGGAAGGGGCAAGAGUUCGGCUUUUCACAAAUAUCAGCAGCAGUUUGCACAGAGCCAUGGAUGUAACGAGGAGUUCAGCGGUCUGAACACAGCCAGGUGAGCUCGGUGGACCAACAUCAUCAUCAUCUCAUUGAGCAAAUCGAGCUCCAGACACUCUCCCACACACACACACUCGUCACGACAACCUGUUUGAGGUAACCCACUCCCACAGUAAGACAGCAGCACACGCAGAGCAAACAUGACAGACAGAGUGGUCUUCAGCACACCCAAAGUCAACCACCCGCGGUCUGCAGGUCCUGUGCUCGCAGGGCCUAUGCUCCCCCCUGAGCCCAUCGACAUCAUCCGCAUUAAGGCCCGCUCCCGGCGAGUCAGACUCAAUGUCGGAGGUCUCACACAUGAAGUCCUGUGGAGAACACUGGACAGGCUUCCCAGAACCCGUCUGGGGCGGCUAAGAGACUGCAACACCCACGAGUCGCUGCUGGAGAUCUGCGACGACUACAGCCUCAAAGAGAACGAGUACUUCUUCGACCGGCACCCGGUGGCCUUCUCCUCCAUCCUCAACUUCUACAGAACUGGGAAGCUGCACAUGAUGGAGGAGAUGUGCGCCCUGUCCUUCGGCCAGGAGCUGGACUACUGGGGGAUCGAUGAGAUCUACCUGGAGUCGUGCUGCCAGGCGCGGUACCACCAGAAGAAGGAGCAGAUGAACGAGGAGCUGCGGAGGGAGGCGGAUACGCUGAGGGAGAACGAGGGGGAGGAGGAGGAACUGGGCUGCUGGUCCGACAAGAGACAGAAGCUCUGGGAUCUGCUGGAGAAACCCAGCUCAUCUUUGGCUGCAAAGUUUCUGGCUAUGAUCUCCAUCCUAUUCAUCAUCAUUUCCACCAUCUCGUUGUCCCUAAACACCCUACCGGAGCUCCAGGUGGUAGAUGAAUUUGGCCAGUUCAAUGAUAACCCCAGCCUAGCCCAUGUGGAAGCUGUUUGCAUUGCCUGGUUCACCAUGGAGUAUGUGCUGCGCCUGCUCUCAGCACCCAACAAAUGGGAUUUCAUCAAGGCACCACUGAACAUUAUCGAUUUGCUGGCUAUCCUGCCUUACUUUGUGACCCUCUGCCUAACUGAGUCUAACAAGAGCGUUCUGCAGUUCCAGAACGUGCGCCGUGUGGUCCAGAUCUUCCGAAUUAUGAGGAUCCUGAGGAUCCUGAAGCUAGCCAGGCACUCGACAGGACUCCAGUCAUUGGGCUUCACUUUGCGAAGGAGCUAUAAUGAAUUGGGUCUACUGAUCCUCUUUUUAGCCAUGGGUAUUAUGAUCUUCUCUAGCUUGGUGUUUUUCGCUGAGAAGGACGAGGACGCCACCAAAUUCACCAGUAUUCCUGCCUCCUUCUGGUGGGCUACCAUUACUAUGACCACUGUUGGUUAUGGAGACAUCUACCCGCAAACCCUGCUGGGCAAGAUUGUAGGAGGGCUCUGCUGCAUAGCAGGUGUGUUGGUCAUUGCCCUUCCCAUCCCAAUCAUUGUCAACAACUUCUCUGAGUUCUACCGAGAGCAGAAGAGGCAGGAGAAGGCCAUCAAGAGGAGGGAAGCUCUUGAGAGAGCAAAACGGAGUGGAAGCAUUAUUUCUAUUAACCUAAAGGAUGCUUUUGCACGCAAUAUGGAACUUACAGAUGUGUUGGUGGAAAAAAAAGAGGACAGUAAGUGUCCUGUGGACAAUCGCCAAUCACCUAGCCGCUGGAGCUACCAGAAUAACUACUCCAAUGCAGAGGUGGGUAGCCCAGUCAAGUCCCAUUACAGAGAAGUGGCUCAGCUGGGGUCCCCUGAACGAGUCAAGACUUCAUCUGAUAAAACUUCCCCUCAAAACCUAAGCGCAAAGCGACUGGAAGACGCUUACAAUAAGACUGUAACCAUCCAGGAGCAGCAGGAGAACAUUACAAAGGAGCAGAUGGAGAUGAAAACGUUGUCUUCAACUCAAGCCCGUCGAACGUCUGAAGCAAACAUUUCCAGGAAAUUCUCUAAUGUGGCUGAGGAGUUUUCAGUGGAAAGAGGAGAAAGAAGCUCUCUGCUCCCAAGUGGUGAAGGGAGUCAAGCUGGAACUAGAAACCAGCGCAUUCCUCCUCCGUUGGAUCUAAGUCAGAUCAGCACCAUGGAAGUGAGCAAGGGCAGUGACAGCAUCCAGCCAAUGGCCAUCAUUAAAGAGGGUUUGUAUGAGUUUGUGUCUAGCCCCAAAGCAAGCGGGACUAGAGAUAUGGGUUUGGUGCCACAGAGCAAGGAAAGCGUUGGGGUGACUUAUGAUAGCAACUACAGUUCCUUGCAAGAUUAUAUCAGCCCUAUAAAGCCAAGAGCCCACAAGGUUGACUUCAUUGGAUCCAAAGAUGACGUGGUAAUGGUGGUGAUGACACCUGUAGCAAAACAAACCUCCGCUGGCUCAGCCAAGCUUGCUCAACUGCUUUCCGACGACAUGGUUUCCAGGUUCUCCCCCUCUUCUUGUUCCAUAACCCAGGAAGCUAAGUCUCCGCUGGCGAUCCUGCAAUCUCCGUCUCUGGCCCAGCAAUCUGUCAGUCCAAGCAACCCCCAGGGGGGAGGUGAGGGCUCAGCAGCCAGGAGAUUAGAAGGUGAAGGACAGCUCACAAGCUUAAGCCACCAGGGGACGAAUCACAUGGAAAGGUCUGCUGUAGGCUCAGGCAACAAUGCUAGCCCACUGUCCAAAGCCAGUCCCCUCAACUGCACCCAGGAGUUGGCAUUUAUGGAAGGAGGGGAAGAAGGAGAAGGAAGAGAUGGAGCAGAACAGAGUGGGGAGAAACAAGAAAAUCACAUUGUUCUGGACAGAAGCACGACGCCACCCUGUGAAACGAGCAUGUGAUCCAAAGAGUAGAGAAAAGUUCACAAACAGGGACGCCAAAUGGAUGGGUUGAGUAAAAGGUGGACGGGAUGGAUGACAGCAAUGACCCAGAAUAAACCGGAACAACUAGUACCUGGUGUGGGCACUGCACCUGUUGACAAAGACAAUGCAGAAACACACCAAAGUGUUAACAAAACUAUCAUAACAGUUGUUGUAGUUUUUCUGGAGCGACUUGUCAGAUCCCACUAGACUUUUGGACUCUCAUCUGAUUUUUGACAAGUCCUGAAACAGACACCUCUGCAGUGUUGUCACAUGGCUUUAUUACAUCGAGGGAAGUCAGAAGCACAUGCACACACAUGUCUGGAUACUAUCUGAAAGACACUGUCUCACGUCAGUGUUAUUGACUGUUAUUUGUAGACCAGACUGAUAUGCUGCAGAGCAAAACAGUGACAACUGUUUUGAAUCUUUAGGGCUCAGAUGUGAGCAUAAACGAAGCCUUGUGUGAAUGAGAAUAUUUACGAGAGAGAGAGAGAGAGAGAGAGAGAGAGAGAGAGAGAGAGAGAGAGAGAGAGAGAGAGAGAGAGUUUAAUUUACAGUCUCAUAUUGCUUGCUAUUUAGGCCUAUUUCUUAUGAUGGACUAAUAACACCAAUAAAAGACAGAAGGUGGAAGGAAGUAAUACUUUUUACAAUUUUAUCUCGUACAAGUCUUCAUUCUGUACCAUGGGUCUUGCUUACUCAUCAUUCUCUCAGUCUAGGUAUUUCGAUAUUGUAAUUGUACCCAGAUCAAACACAAGCACAUGACACUCUUCGGACUUGUAUCACUUCAUUGGACACAAAUAGCAUCUGCGGUAUCCUAAACCUUCUGUUUUUGUUUUUAAUUUUUGUCUCUCCUUUUUCUGUAAUACCUGAAAUAGGGUCUUAAAGGUGAAAAGGGAAUAGAAUAGGGAUGCAAAGCCUAUUGUAUUUAUAGAACACUGUUUGCACACACUUCUAGAAUAAAAAAAUCUGAAAAAUAAAUAAAUAAAUAAUGAAAACCGCUUAGGAAACAGCACUAUAUACUCAUAAAGAGACAGGUGAAAUGGGCAGAUAUAUAAGGACAUAAAGGACAGUGCACAACAGUGGACAAAUUCACUGAUCGCUCAUGUGUGGGUCAUCUCAAACGGGGCUCCUCCUUCAGUUUCAUGCAUUUCUGUGUCAUAACAAGCCGAUGUACAUUUGGAACCUCCAAAUAUGGCUAAGAAUUGUGACUUUUUUUUCCCAUCCUUUAUCAAAACAUUGACCGGCCACUUGUUUAAUGGUGUAUUCAGGCAGUUGACGAAGAGCACCCAAACCCACAAUCUGUUUUAGUCUCUGUGAGACCACUGUUUUAUUAAAUGAUAAUUCCAGUUUACUACAACUUGGGUCUUGUUUUGUAGUUUUGAUCUUCUUUUCUAUCAGUAAUAAUAACACUGUGCUCACCAAUUUAAUAGCUGAAAUCUAGCAACAUGGUCACAUCGAUAAAAAGAAGACCAAUGGGUCAAGAAACAUGAGCAGUCCAACUAUCAGACAGGUUGGAAACAAACAUGUUAGUCAAACUUUGGAAGAGAAAACAAAGACAAACUGUGAAACAUCCAUCACAGUUUACAGACCCACCACUAUACUUAGGCCCUCAGUAUGCUU